AUGAAAAAGAAAACCGCGCCUAGAAAGAGUGAGAGAAUCCUUCUUUCUCAGAAACCAUCAACACCUCAAACCCACACUCAUAUCCAUAUUCAUUCAACCUCAUCAUCGUCUCUCUCCCCACCAUCAAAACGAACCACCACCAUGAGAAAGAAGGUUAUUGCUCACAAGAGCUCAGGCCGAGGAAAGAACAAACAACCUGCAGUUGAAGAAGAAGAGCAAGAAUCUCAUACCUCUCCUACUCCUUCUCCUCCUCCCUCAUCACCGAAGAAGACAACCCCCGGAAAAGGCUCAAAGAAAGAUCAAGGGUUUGCACUAAAUGACACAACCGAACCUGCGAACUUGGAAUCCAUGGAAUUCCGAGACAAGUUUCGCAAGUCUCACUCUCACUUUGAUCCAAGCAGGUUUAACUCAUGCACCUCAUAUGAGUUCCACAAAGAGGUUGUGGAGAAACGCCAUCUGUGCACUACAUAUCUUGUCAGUCUCGACAAUCUCAAGAACACCAACAUUCCCUCUCUAUUUGAACUUCUCAACUGGAAACCUCUGCUCCUUAUCAAAAAGCCAGUGUACCCAGGUCUUGUUCGAGAAUUUUAUGCUAACAUGCGGCUCAUCGAUGGCACCCUUCAUUCCUAUGUCAAAAGGGUUCAAAUAGCCCUUGAUGCUGAGACAAUUGGAGCGGCCCUGGGCUUCAAGGAUGAAGGACCGCGAGCAUACAUGGUGGAGAAAUGGGACACACAAGUCGGCAUUUCUCACAAAACUGUUCUUCAGCACAUUUGCACAAACCUUUCCGGAUUGCAUGGAACCACUCCAACUCACAAAGCUCUUGGACCGGUCAAUUCCUUGCUUCACCGCAUCAUCACUCAUAUUCUGACUCCCCAAAGCGGCUCACACAACCGAGUAACAUUUUCUGACUGUCUCAUACUGUUUGCUUUGGUUACCUCUACUCCUAUCUCUUUUGGUUAUAUUAUGAUUAGACACAUGUGGGAUUCCGUUAAAAGCACCAGAAAGGCUAAUCUGCCUUAUGGUAUGUUUUUAACUGGAAUAUUUGAGUACUUUAAAGUUGAUUUGUUGAAUGAGAAAGUAGAAAACGAUGUGUCUACAAUCCGUGGUGGAGGCAUGACUAAAGAAACCAAAGGGAGAAAAUCGGACAGUGAACAUGAAGGAACGCCAGAAUCUUCCAAAACAAUCAGGUCCUUUCAACAGAUCUUGGGAGAAUUCUCAAACAUGGCUGACAUGAUGUUUCGAUCUCAUAAAGAAUCCCGGAAGCAGGCUUAUGAGAAUGAGAAAGCUUGGAAAAACUGCAAAGAAAGGGUCAACUUGAUGCUGGAACAUCUUAACAAGGAUUUGGGAGAAGAAAGUGAAGGAGGCGCUGAAGAAGAGGACAUGCAAUUCUCUGAUGAUUAG